UUUUUUACUGUUGGGCAGCCCUCGGCAACCAUACAAGAAGAGUUUUCAAUGCAAGCCGGACGUGCGUAAAUAAAUAAUAGUUGUUAAAUUUUGUUGAAUUUGUGUGUUAAAGAGAUAAAUAGCAACUAUGCCACUUUAUGAGAGCGUAAUGCAAGAGAAGCCACCAAUUGUCCUGGACAUUGGCAAUGCUUAUACAAAGCUCGGUUUUGCGGCGGAGGCGUAUCCAAGGAAGAUCAUACCGACGGAAUUGGUGUUGACGACAACGGGCGAGACAAAGCGACUGUUUGAUUAUGCCCACAUUGAUAAGCUCUAUGAUCAAAUUGUUGAUUUUCUGCAAAUCAUAUUCUUCAAACAUUUGCUGGUCAGUCCCAAAGAGCGUAAAUUUGUGAUUGUGGAGAAUAUCUUUGGCCAGACUGUAGUCCGAGAGACUUUAGCGCGUGCUCUCUUCAUCCAUUUUGAUGUCUCCUCGGUGUUGUUUGUGCCCACGCAUCUGACGGCGCUGUCAACACUGGCCGUGCCCACGGGCGUUGUCAUCGAUAUUGGCUACACGGAGACAACAGUGCUGCCAGUGUUUAGUGGCAUUCAAAUAAUGAGCGCCUUUAAGGAUCACAAUUGUGGCAGUCGCGCGAUUCACGCGGAGAUCAAGCGACAACUGAUUGAAAGUGGCAUCAAAGAUUCCUUGUUGACGGAACAAGUGCUGGAGGACAUCAAAAUACGCUGUUGUUUUGUCAAUAAAUUCGAAAAGGGGGAACAACCGUCGCCACCGGACGUGGAAUAUGCCAUUUGUGAUGAUGAUGCAGUGAUUCUAGUGCCGGGCACAUUACGUGAGAGCGUCUACGAGCUGCUGUUUGAGCGGAGUAAUGAGCGGGACAGUCUGCCGCAUCUGAUACUCCAAGCUAUACUUGACUGCAGUCGCGAUGUGCGACGUCCGCUCGUGGAGAGCAUCUUCCUCAUUGGCGGCGGCAGCAUGGUGUUGGGCUUAAUGCCUCGCCUUCAGGCCGAGCUGCAGCAGCUCUUAAGCCACGAUGAUUACUACAAGCACCGUUUCCAUGGUGACUUGCAGUUCAAGUUCUACAACUCCAUUGGCAAGCAGAACUUUACCGCCUGGCUGGGAGCUGCUCUCUGUGGCGCCACCGACUUGAUUCAGUCCCGUUCAUUGUCCAAGGAGGCGUAUCUGAGGCACGAACACGUCCCAGACUGGAGUAAUCUGAGCGACAAUCGCCUAACUAGCUCAUAAUCCAUAUAAUCCAUAUAUAUAUAUACAUAAGUCUAACAUUCAUUCUUUUAGAUAUCUUAAAGCAUCCUAAAGAUAUUUCAUUUUUUCUCCCUAUAUUUAAUAAAUUUAUU